CACACAUACACACACACAAACACACACACACACAGCACUACAGUAUAUCAGCGAGUGACUAGCGGAGAGCCAGAGGGGAGUGCAGAAAUGAAUGUGAAGAUCCUGACGCUGGUGAUUGUGCUCUUGGUGUCUCUGCUGUGUUCUGCCAGUGCUGGUCCCAUGGCCUCCACGGAGCAUGGCAGAGAGCUAGAAGAUGCGCCUAUAGUUAGAAAAAUGGUCCAGCAAAACCCUGCAAGGGGGGGUCAGACCCACAGACCGGCCGGCUGGAAGAGGAGACGCCCACGGCCACGUCUUUCCCACAAGGGGCCCAUGCCGUUCUAGAGCAAGGCACUGCUUUGAGCGCCCUCCCCCAGGUUCUGAUUUCUAUGCUCUUCCUUUGCCUUGGGGGGCCUUGCGACAAAGGGGCCUAAGCUUGCCCAGCCUGAAGAGUGAUGUCCAUAGCACCUGCUGGUUCUUCAAGCAACUCUGUCCACAAAAAAAAAAAAUCUGGACAAGCCGCUCACCCUCAGCUCUAGGAGGACAUGGGGGCAGGAAAGGGGGGUGGGGGGGUAGGUUAUGGAGCCUGAGCUAUCAGACUCUAUUUCUCUGUCUCUCUCUUUCUCUCUCUUUCACUCCCUCACUACUUAUCUAUCUCUGUCUUCUUCCCAAGUGUUUUUUUUAUUAUUUUUAUUAUUAUUAUUAUUAUUAUUAUUAUUACCUAUCAUUUGCUUAAUAGAGCCCAAACAUAGCGAUCUCCCUGAGAGUCUCACACACUUUGCAUGACAUGUGGUGGAGAGGGAGCCCGGUCAAAACAAUCUGAGUCUCAAAGCAUCUGUCGCUUCUCCACGGUGUGGUAUUCCCAUCUCUCAGAUCCAAGGUUAAUGCAGCCGCUGUUUUCAUUGCUGUGUUGCUACUUAAGGGUUUAUUAGCACGAGGAGACGCUGAUUAUACAGGGGGGCAGUAUCAGGUUUAAUAGAUGACAAUAGCAAAUAUUAAGUUCUCUCAUAAAACUCUGGAUGUCUGCUGCAAAAAGGAGCUAAAGGUUUAGAAGGAAGAGAAAAAGUGUCACAUUUAAAUGACAUUUUAACCAUUGCUUAAUUAUCAUCAUUAAUGGUGCUUUGUACCUCAUACUGACAGUAUGUCCACAUGCAAAUAACGUUGGACAAGAAAGACAGCACAACAUGUAGAAAUAAUCUAUUUAAGUGACAGAAUAAUUCCUUCAUUUAGGAGAUUCUUUAAUCCAAAGCUAUCCUGGUGUUUCUGAACUCAUUAACACCUUAGAGGGGGUUUACUGACGCGCUCAAGGUUACUGUAACAUGUCCCACCUUGGAUGAGUCCUUUGACCCCAAAUCCCAAUCCCAAUCCUGUCCCCAAUCCCCAGCCUUCUCACCACACUGCUGCCGUGUGCAGCUGCUCUACACGACUGUUAACUGGCAGGGGCGGUCUGCUCCACCGACGGGCCGCCUCGCCUUUUAAUGAAGUGCCAAAUAAUAACCUUCUCCACAAUGCUGCCAGGAACGAAGGAAACAAAGGUUAGGGAAAAACACAUUACCUCUUGUUUGAAGUCUUGAUACACUGACACAUUAUGCAUUUUCAAUUUCUGCAAACAUAAAUCCCACGACAGACAAUGUUAGCGAUGAGGAGGACAGGUAAAUUAGACCAAAAAAUUUAAAAAAGCUUCAAAGAAAAACGUCAGCUCAGAUAAUACGCCACCGUGAUCAGCCUACCACUAGUGCUCUGGCUGUUUAGAUAUUCAGCAUAUGGCUGGUUUGACCCUUUGACCCACAUCUUUCACUUAUGAAAUGCUAUGCCUUUCCAUCAUACUGGAAUAUAUUACUGUUUAUGUUUAUUUCUAUGUUUAAGUCGUUUUAUUUCUUUUUUCUCAGGGUGCUGUGAUAGAGGCUUGUACUAGAGCAGUCUAUUUUUUGCAUUUAUUUAACAAAACACAAACAUACAAUACAUUUGAAGCUUAUAUGAGCAUAUUUUCGUAUACUGUAUCUUUUACUCUCCCUCUAUGUAUUCACCAAUAUAGCCACAUUUCAGGAUUCAGCCCUUUCUCAUCAUGUUCCCUUCCCUACAUUAUGUUGGGUACAGUUGCCUUUCUAGUCUGCCCUUCCACAGCACAGGUGGUCGUGGCUUUGAUCAUUACGCUCAUUAAAUCCUGGAGUUAAUCUUUCUCAGAUGGAUCUACCCAAGGCUGGCCGGGGCCACUUAGUCUGAGCUCAUUGUUAAAUUGGCUUAGACUGAAACCACACCCUCCCCCUCCCUUUCCAAUCCUCGACCCCCUGCUGAUUCAGUGUGUAACCAUGUAACAUAUUAGGACUUUAACCUGUAGAGCAGCCACCUUGAAAUUGUUUGUUGUUUAUUAGGUGUGCAGAGCAACUUCCUAGUUCAGAUUUUAGGUGAAAAUCGGUAAAAGACUCCUUUUUCAAGCUCGACCACAUAACAACUGGCAUGUUAACCCAGAUUUCCAACACCUUUUCCCUCUCGCCAUGUCUCAUGCAAAUAUUACAAUAGAAUGCUGAGUCUUCUCACACCCAGCAUGAGAAGCUUUUAUUAAGAGUGCAUCUAAAAUCACAUUGGUAAUCCACCCAGCCAAGAUCAGCUUGAUUAAAAAUGCAUUAAAUCCUGGGGCACUGUGAAGAGUAAUAAUUUCAGUUCCACCAUUAUUUUUUCAUACCCUCUCAGACAGAGAUGUAGAUUUCAUUAAUGCUCCUUGGGAGUGAGACAGUUUGCUCAGGAUGUCUCAUGUAUUAUUGGGGAAGAUAGUAGGAAGAUAUGAGCUGGGGAUGGAAGUUCAAAGCCGCAGGAGUUGGGAUGCUGGAAGUAGUCUGGGUCAUGGCAAAGGGGUUCAAAUCAAUAUUUCCCCAUCUCAGAAGUUAUUGUUACGGAGCCGAGCAACGUCUGUAUCCGCACUGUUCUUCAUGAAUGUAUCCUCACCAUCUGCACCAGCCAUGCUGCCCUUUCAGAGACCAGAGCAAACCAAUGUUUAUGUAAAGUACUCUUUUAAUCUUGGUCUGGCUAUCAGUUGAAUCCAAAAAUCAAAAGCCAAAAAUCCCACUGAUCCAAAGCCUCCAGUGUCAACAAAGUCCCAACAAAUAGACGUGGCUUUGCUCCAAGACUUCUCUGUAUGGGUUUGCAAGGCUGCACUUUUGCAAUUCCAUUAUGCUGCUGGAAAAAUACACCCUGAAAACAAGAGUCUCUUGAUAUGGAAUGGUUUUCCAGUGUAUUGUGACAAUUUUUGUCUGAUUCUUGUCUAGCUGGUUGUCCAAAGCUUACUUUUUGAAUACAGUGUGAAAAGCUGUAUCUUUUGUGGAUGUAACAAAAUAGAAAGUAGUCUGCAGCACAAUAUGUCGUGGACAUGUGAAAGCUUUCAGGCGUUCUUUUCUUGUAGAUGAUAGCCCACAGUCCUCCCCUGCACAUCAGGUUAAUGGGCCUUGUGGUGUGGAAGGACAAGCACGUCCAGGCUCAAACUGAAAUGGUAAACCAAUACAUUAUGCUCGGGGAGCAAACCAUUUUCCUUAAUGGUCUUUUCCAGCAAGGCUUACACAAGAGAAACGAUUCCUAUCCUCUCAAUGUUUCCUCUCCAGUUCCUCUUCUCUGUGACCAUCACAAGGCCUGAGUAAUGUUCCUAUGCACUUGUUAGCAUGUUUUCCUGGUAGAAAAUGUUUGUUCUCAGAGCUCACCCUAAUGUGUUUAGUUCUUUUUGUCCAACUGCAUUUGGCUGGGAGUGUGUAAGGAGCAGGGAUAAGCAGAGAGAGAUUUGUGUUACUGAUGGAGAAGCUAGCAGCAGGUUAAAAAAUAUUAGCUUACAGAGCUCUGUUUCCCACUAGCUGUGACACAACCCCAAAACAAAGGAUGGCAAACACAAGGUUUUUAUGUUGUUUUUUUUAUCCUAUUGUGAUUCAGUUCUCUACCAGAUCAAAUUCCUUUAAAUUUACACCAACCAUUUCCCUCCUUGUGGAAAUGGAAACACAUUCCAUGAUUUUACCUUUUGAAGCCCCUGAAACUGUAUCAUGUUGGCCUUCGAGUGGGUGUCUGCAGGAUCAAGUGGCUGAUAUUCAAUCCAAUGCAUUCACACAUUUCCACCGGCUGGGCAAUCCAAAGGAUAACUAGAUUUUCUCUCCCAUGGGAAAUGACUAAGAUCUGUCAUUAUCCAGGAGCCUCAAUAUGAGACUUCCUACACCCAGAAUAGCACAGGCCCCUCCUGCCUCGAUUGCGACACAUUCUCCAUCAAUGUAACCGCCGUGUCCGAGAUCACGAGAACAAUCCGAGGAGAGAUGCAGUCUGUAGGUUUUACACGCCAUCGCAACAGUGUUACUAGGUCUGAAGCAGAAACCAUUUAAAAGACGAUGUAUUACUCCUGAAACUUAUAUUCUGUUUAUGGUGUGUGCUCAUAUUACUCACCAGGCCAAAUGUACAGUCCCUGUCUCUGUUUUGAUGUUGAACUGGGCAAAAAUAAAUGACAUAAAUAAAUAAAUGAAUAAAUAAAACAAGUGUAUCAGAAAUGGUUGAAAUACUGUGUACAUAUUUGAACUUUUGGUUUCUAAUUUAUAAAAGAUAAGCUUUAGCUCUUGGAGUACUUAUUUUAUUUUUCCUUUCAUGCGUAGCUUUGUGUUUUUAUUUUCUAUUUCUGUAAAGUGUGUAAAUAUAUCUUUAUGAUAAUAAGUAAUAUUAAAAUCUUAUUUU